UACGGACCUGGCUCUGUACAUGAAGAGGAGAGGAGAGUUCUUUGAACUGACCAAGAACAGCCAAUUUGUCUGGGACAAUGACUAUCAUAAAGACUUGCUGAGGUCCAUGCUGAUGACUGCAUGUGACAUCUCUGCCAUUACCAAGCCCUGGCCAGUACAGAAGAGAAUAGCCAAGUUGGUGGCGACAGAGUUCUUUGAGCAAGGGGACAAGGAGAGAGAAGAACUCAACAUUGAGCCAACAGAUCUGAUGAAUCGGGACAAGCAGGAUAAGAUUCCGAGCAUGCAGGUGUCGUUCAUUGAUGCCAUCUGCACACAGCUGUAUGAGACCCUGGCCAGUAUGUCUGAGUCCUGUUCCCCACUACUCGAGGGCUGCCAGAAGAACAGACAGAAUUGGAAGAUUCUGGCUGAACAGGGCGACAAAGCCUUCUUCAACGGAGCGGUGUAGACCUGUUCAACGUCUCCCCUCCACCCCCACUAUCCCUCCAUCAUCCCCACUAUCCCUCCAUCAUCCCCACUAUCCCUCCAUCAUCCCCACUAUCCCUCCAUCAUCCCCACUAUC